GUAGCGCCAAACUUGGUUGCUUGGAAACGGCGGAGCCGUUUGACCGCAGCAGCGAUGGAGAAGUAUGAGAAAAUCAAAGUUGUUGGGAGAGGAGCUUUUGGGAUUGUUCACUUGUGCCGCCGGCGCAGCGAUGGGGCCUUAGUCAUCCUGAAGGAGAUUCCAGUCGAGCAGAUGUCCCGAGAUGAGCGUCUGUCUGCCCAAAACGAGUGCCAUGUGCUCAAACUGCUCAACCAUCCAAAUAUCAUAGAGUACUAUGAAAACUUCCUAGAAGACAAGUCUCUGAUGAUAGUGGUGGAGUAUGCUCCAGGUGGGACUCUGGCUGAAUACAUCCAGAAGCGUCGUAAUUCCCUGCUAGAUGAGGACACCAUCCUUCACUUCUUUGUGCAGAUCGUGCUCGCUCUGUAUCACGUGCACAACAAACUCAUCUUGCACCGUGACCUCAAGACUCAGAAUAUUCUUCUUGACAAACACCAGAUGAUCAUCAAAAUCGGUGACUUUGGCAUCUCUAAAAUCCUCGUCAGCAAGAGCAAAGCGUACACGGUGGUUGGGACGCCGUGCUACAUCUCCCCAGAGCUGUGUGAGGGGAAGCCGUAUAACCAGAAGAGUGACAUCUGGGCUCUGGGCUGUGUUCUGUAUGAGCUGGCGAGCCUCAAGAGAGCCUUUGAAGCUGCUAAUCUCCCCGCCCUUGUUCUGAAGAUCAUGAGCGGAACCUUUGCUCCCAUAUCGGACCGGUACAGCCCAGAACUCCGGCAGCUCAUUCUCAACAUGCUCAAUCUGGAUCCGUCCAAACGGCCUCAACUCAACGAGAUCAUGGCUUUACCCAUCUGCAUCCGGCCUCUGUUUAACCUCUACACGGAUAUCGGCAGCGUGAAGAUGCGCAGGAUUGAGAAGCUCCUGUCUCCUGUGCAAACAGGCCCUCAAGGCCGACCCGGAGGGAGGGUUCCUGUCAGUAGGGCUAGAGAUGGAUCCGUUGGUUUAGGAGCAGGAAAGGUGCACUCCCUCCCGCUCUCCUCGGUCUACACGUGGGGAAGCGGCAUCACGGCACCGCUACGGCUGCAGAUGCUCGACACCGAAGUGCUGCUGGUGUCCCUGGGGCGCACCCAGAAGAUGGGAGUCACCAAGUCAGGCCGGCUGAUUACGUGGGAGGCUCCGUCGGUGGUGUGCGGUGAGUCCAGCCUUCCAGGUGCGACGGAGCAGACGCAGCCACUCUUUGUCUCUCGCUUCCUCGAGGGACAGUCUGGUGUCACCAUCAAGUCCGUGUCCUGUGGUGACCUCUUUACCACCUGUGUGACAGACAGGGGCAUCAUUAUGACGUUUGGAAGUGGCAGCAAUGGCUGUCUGGGACACGGGAACUUCAAUGAUGUAACACAGCCCAAGAUUGUGGAGGCUCUCCUCGGCUACGAGUUGGUUCAGGUGUCCUGUGGAGCCUCCCACGUUCUCGCUGUGACCAAUGAAAGAGAAGUGUUUGCUUGGGGAAGAGGAGACAAUGGUCGCCUCGGGCUGAGCACCCAGGACACCCACAACUGUCCACAGCAGGUGUGUUUACCUGCAGAGUUUAAGGCCCAGAGGGUGGUGUGUGGCGUCGACUGCUCCAUGAUUAUCAGCACUCAGGGCAGCAUCGUGGCGUGUGGAAGCAACAGGGUGAACAAACUUGGCCUGGAUAAGAUCUCAGCAGGAGAGGAGCCAAACGCUCCGAGUCAAGUGGAAGAAGUUUAUUCUUACACGGCGGUCCGGUCCGCCCCGCUCGACUCUGAGAGGAUUGUUUACGUCGACAUCGGCACCGCCCACUCUGUUGCCGUUACAGAAGGCGGCCGGUGUUUUACGUUUGGCAGCAACCAGCACGGCCAGGUGGGCUGCAGCUCGCGCCGGAGCAGCCGCGUGCCGUACGGCGUGCCCGAGCUGCAGGGCAUCGUCAUGGCCGCCUGCGGCGAUGCCUUCACAUUGGCCGUCGGGUCUGAAGGGGAGGUGUACACGUGGGGCAAGGGCGCUCGCGGACGCCUCGGAAGAAAGGAGGAGGAUUGCGGGACGCCAAAGCUGGUGCAGCUCGACGAGAGUCACCCGUUCACGGUGACAUCAGUGGAUUGUUGUCAUGGCAACACUCUGCUGGCAGUGAAAUCUCUGCUGGAGGAGUCUGUUCCCAGAUGAUCGUGUUCUGUAAAGUUUCCUCCUGAAGCCCAGCGGGAAUCUGACGAGGAGGACAUCUUUCUCCCAGAAGACGUGACUUCCUGCAGCUUUAGACUCUCUCUCUCUCUGUCUCUCUCUCUCUGUCUCUCUCUCUCUCUCUCUCUCUCUCUCCCCCUCUGUCUGUCUCUCUCUCUGUCUCUCUCUCUCUCUCUAUGUCUGUCUCUCUCUCUCUCUCUCUCUCUCUCUCUCUCCCCCUCUGUCUGUCUCUCUCUGUCUCUCUCUCUCUCUGUCUCUCUCUGUCUCUCUCUCUCUCUCCCCCUCUGUCUGUCUCUCUCUGUCUCUCUCUCUCUCCCCCUCUGUCUGUCUCUCUCUGUCUCUCUCUCUCUCUCCCCCUCUCUCUGUCUCUCUCUGUCUCUCUCUGUCUCUCUCUCUCUCUCUCUCUCUCUCCCCCUCUGUCUGUCUCUCUCUGUCUCUCUCUCUCUCCCCCUCUGUCUGUCUCUCUCUGUCUCUCUCUCUCUCUCUGUCUCUCUCUCUCUCUCUCUGUCUGUCUUUCCCUGUCUCUCUCUCUCUCUCCCUGUCUCUCUCUCUCUCCCUCCCUCUCUCUCUCUCCCUGUCUCUCUCUCUCUCUCUGUCUCUCUCUCUCUCUUUCUGUCUGUCUCUCUCUCUCUGUCUGUCUCUCUCUCUGUCUCUCUCUCUCUCUGUGUCUCUCUCUCCCUCUCUCUCUCUCUCUCCCUGUCUCUCUCUCUCUCCCUCUCUCUCUCUCUGUCUCUCUCUGUCUCUCUCUCUCUCCCUGUCUCUCUCUCUCCCUGUCUCUCCCUGUCUCUCUCUCUCUCUCUCUCUCUCUCUCUCUCUCUCUCUCUCCGGUGUGUCUCUCCUCUGGACGAAUGUUUGCUCUAGUUGGAGGGCUGAAGUGCCACUGAAGGUCACGACCUGUCUGAAACAGCAGGUGCAUUUCACAGCAGAGAUGCUAAAAGGGAAUGCUGAGGCUGGGUUAUAGGAGGUCGUUAGGUAGCAGUCCUGUGGUGAGCUGUUGUCCUUCGGGUGUUUGGCUCGGUAAACCCUGAAAAGCCCGCAAAAGUCAAACAGGUCUUAGUUCUCUGAGGAGGACGAGACUCAAAGAAAGAAGUCAUCUGCCUGAUGACGUGAGCACAUUCAUCUGAGUGGUCACUUCAUGCUUUAUUGGAUCAGCUGAAGCACAGCUGUGUUUUCAGGUCCGAUAACGAGGGGGUGCCAGGCUGGACUGUAGCUGAGCCCCGCCCCCUUUCUUCAGUCAUUCAGGCUGUGGCGAGCCGUAAACCGGCUGUUUUCAUCCACCUCACAGGGCCUGAACAGCUGAUGAGUUUCACACUUUGGACUCAGAAAAUGGAGAAGAGCUGUAAAUCAGCUGAUGGGGGGGGGGGGGGGGAUGAUGAUGUCACAUAUACAUUCAGAUUACCAAAAACAGCAUCUACCGGAGUUCAGAUUACAGGAGAGAAGCCACCGCGAUCCUCAGACUGAUCCUGUGAUGUCCGAAGGAACGGAAGCAGGCUCUUUGGGUCAGAAGGUCCAGGACAUUUCUGUCUCCAUCAGGAGGACAGGAGGACCUUCCUGUCUGCACACCACAAAUCUGUUAAAGGCAAAGAUAAGAGAAGUAAAACAUGGAGACGCGAUAGCAGGAGAGCUCUGUAUUAGUUUAAAACUGAUAAAACCUGAUUUUUAUGUUACAGCAGAAGUCAAAUUAGGUCAUUAGAGCAAAAUAGUCCUUCUACUGAUGAAUGGUGUUUAACAGCACUUUGUUGUGAUGUGAACUGCAGCCUAAUUUGAAACGUCAGACUGAAUGAGCUGUAGCUCUGAGGAAGCUGCUGCUGAACCUGAGGCUGCACAUUUCAAAUGAAAGGACACUAAAGUGAUUUUCUCUGUUCUCAUUCAAACAAACUGAGUCAAGAUUGAUGCUCACAGGUGUAUCAAAACACACACCAGCAUAAAAACACACCGCGUGAGGAGGUGUGGGCUGCACCUGGUGAGUGUAUUCAGCUCAGGUAGGCUGAUGGAGACUCCGGGUCACCCUGAAGCCCAUCACAAUGUUUCCUUUUUCUGUUUAUUUCUGUUUUUAUGUGAAUGAAUCUGAAUAAAACGAUGAAGCUGA